AUGGGUGGCGUAGCGAUCCGAACCGCUACGCUCCACUGCACCGCAUCGAGCGCAGCCGAUUACGCCACUGUCCGUGCUUCAUGUCGUUUUGAGCUAACUAUAGGUAAUAAAGCGAUGACAUGUCUGCAAACGAUUUUCUCUCGAAAUCUGAAGAAUAUCCCAUCAAUCUCAGCGGAGGCUCAGAUCCGUAACGAGAAACCAGUGCCAAUUUCAUCCAUCGCCACAGUCCAGCGAGAACAUCUAAGAAAUGUCAUUUGUACUUCGCUUGCUUGCUGGUUAAGUUCUUCAGACUUGCAUGGCAAGGCCAUUGAUCCGAUCAAAAUCUCGCAAUUUUAG